CUCCUUUUUCAGUCCUCCAUUUACAGUUGGGGAAACUGAGGCACGGGCCACCCGUUGGCUCCCGACAGCUCCAGUUGGCAUCGACAGCGUCUGUGCCGUGGGGCGUACGGAUCGUUCGGUUUUGGGGGUGUUUGUGGCUCUCUUCCAGGAAUAGCAGUCGGGGUUCUGGCCUCCUUAAUGGCGUGUUCUGCUUUUUCUUUCAGUUUCCCUCUUUCCAGGGUGAAGAUGGUUUUACACAACAAUCUGGAGUUCUUUAGUUGAAAGGUGUGCUCUGUUCAGACAGGCAUUUUGAUUUGCUGUCUUUUUACAGCAUGGACACCAAAUUACUAAAAACAUUUGGGACUGCCAGUGAAUUUACCUUUUGCGGUUUUACGACAAACUUAUCAGUAGUUCCCCCUUUUUAAAUUAAUGUUUUGAAGUUAAUAUCACAAUGAGUUCAGGCUUAUGGAGCCAAGAAAAAGUUACUUCGCCCUACUGGGAAGAGCGGAUUUUUUAUUUGCUUCUUCAAGAAUGCAGCGUUACAGAUAAACAAACGCAAAAGCUCCUUAAAGUACCAAAGGGGAGUAUAGGACAGUAUAUCCAAGACCGUUCUGUGGGGCAUUCAAGGAUUCCUUCUACAAAAGGCAAGAAAAAUCAGAUCGGAUUAAAAAUUCUAGAGCAACCUCAUGCCGUUCUCUUUGUUGAUGAGAAGGAUGUUGUAGAAAUAAAUGAAAAAUUCACAGAGUUACUUUUGGCAAUUACCAAUUGUGAGGAGAGGUUCAGCCUAUUUAAAAACAGAAACAGACUAAGUAAAGGCCUCCAAAUAGAUGUGGGCUGCCCUGUGAAAGUACAGCUGAGAUCUGGGGAAGAAAAGUUUCCUGGAGUUGUGCGCUUCAGAGGACCCUUAUUAGCAGAGAGGACGGUGUCGGGAAUAUUCUUUGGAGUAGAAUUGCUGGAAGAAGGUCGUGGCCAAGGUUUCACUGAUGGGGUAUAUCAAGGGAAACAGCUUUUUCAGUGUGAUGAAGAUUGUGGCGUGUUUGUUGCAUUGGACAAGCUAGAACUCAUAGAAGAUGAUGACAAUGGAUUGGAAAGUGAUUAUGCAGGUCCAGUGGACACAAUGCAGGUUGAACUUCCCCCUUUGGAAAUUAACUCCAGGGUUUCUUUGAAGGUUGGAGAAACAAUAGAAUCUGGAACAGUUAUAUUCUGUGAUGUUUUGCCAGGAAAAGAAAGCUUAGGAUAUUUUGUUGGUGUGGACAUGGAUAACCCUAUUGGCAACUGGGAUGGAAGAUUCGAUGGAGUACAGCUUUGUAGUUUUGCUAGUGUUGAGAAUACAAUUCUGUUGCACAUCAAUGACAUUAUCCCAGAUAGCGUGACACAGGAAAGGAGGCCUCCCAAACUGGCCUUUAUGUCAAGAGGUGUUGGGGACAAAGGUUCGUCCAGUCAUAACAAACCAAAGGCCACAGGAUCUACCUCAGACCCUGGAAACAGAAACAGAUCUGAAUUAUUUUAUACCUUAAAUGGGUCUUCUGUUGACUCACAACCACAAUCCAAAUCAAAAAAUACAUGGUACAUUGAUGAAGAAGACCCUGCGAAGUCACUUACAGAUAUAUCUCCUGAUUUUGGCCAUUCUUCACCACCACUACAACCUCCUUCUGUGAACUCAUUGUCCAGUGAGAACAGAUUUCACUCUUUGCCAUUCAGUCUGACAAAGAUGCCCAAUACCAAUGGCAGUAUUGGCCACAGCCCACUUUCUCUGUCAGCUCAGUCUGUGAUGGGGGAACUGAACAGUGCACCUGUCCAGGAGAGUCCCCCCUUAGCCAUGUCUUCUGGCAACUCAUAUGGUCUAGAAGUGGGCUCACUGGCUGAAGUGAAAGAGAAUCCCCCUUUCUAUGGGGUGAUCCGUUGGAUUGGUCAGCCGCCAGGACUCAAUGAAGUGCUAGCUGGAUUGGAACUGGAAGAUGAAUGUGCAGGCUGUACGGAUGGAACCUUCAAGGGCACUCGGUAUUUCACCUGUGCCCUGAAGAAGGCGCUGUUUGUUAAACUGAAGAGCUGCAGGCCGGAUUCUAGGUUUGCAUCACUGCAGCCGGUUUCCAAUCAGAUCGAACGCUGUAACUCUUUAGCAUUUGGAGGCUACUUAAGUGAAGUAGUAGAAGAAAAUACUCCACCAAAAAUGGAAAAAGAAGGUUUGGAGAUAAUGAUUGGAAAGAAGAAAGGUAUCCAGGGUCAUUAUAAUUCUUGUUACUUAGACUCAACCUUAUUCUGUUUAUUUGCUUUUAGUUCUGUUCUGGACACUGUGUUACUUAGACCCAAAGAAAAGAAUGAUGUGGAAUAUUACAGUGAAACUCAAGAGCUCCUGAGGACAGAAAUUGUUAAUCCUCUAAGAAUAUACGGAUAUGUGUGUGCCACAAAAAUUAUGAAACUGAGGAAGAUACUUGAAAAAGUAGAGGCUGCAUCAGGAUUUACCUCUGAAGAAAAAGAUCCUGAAGAAUUCUUGAAUAUCUUAUUUCAUCAUAUUUUAAGAGUAGAUCCAUUACUAAAAAUAAGAUCAGCAGGUCAAAAAGUACAAGAUUGUUACUUCUAUCAAAUUUUUAUGGAGAAAAAUGAGAAAGUUGGAGUUCCUACAAUUCAGCAGUUGUUAGAAUGGUCUUUUAUCAAUAGUAACCUGAAAUUUGCAGAGGCACCAUCGUGUCUCAUUAUUCAGAUGCCUCGUUUUGGAAAAGACUUUAAACUAUUUAAAAAAAUUUUCCCAUCUCUGGAAUUAAAUAUAACAGAUUUACUUGAAGACACUCCCAGGCAGUGCCGGAUAUGUGGAGGGCUUGCAGUGUAUGAGUGCAGAGAAUGCUAUGAUGAUCCGGACAUCUCAGCGGGGAAGAUCAAGCAGUUUUGUAAAACCUGCAACUCUCAAGUCCACCUUCAUCCCAAGAGGUCCAAUCAUAAAUAUAACCCAGUGUCACUUCCCAAAGAUUUACCUGACUGGGACUGGAGACACGGCUGCAUCCCUUGCCAGAAGAUGGAGUUAUUUGCUGUUCUCUGCAUAGAAACGAGCCACUAUGUUGCUUUUGUGAAGUACGGGAAGGAUGACUCUGCCUGGCUCUUCUUUGACAGCAUGGCUGACCGUGAUGGCGGUCAGAAUGGCUUCAACAUUCCUCAAGUGACCCCGUGCCCAGAAGUAGGAGAAUACUUGAAGAUGUCUCUGGAAGACCUGCAUUCCCUGGACUCGAGAAGAAUCCAGGGCUGUGCACGCAGACUGCUGUGUGAUGCGUACAUGUGCAUGUACCAGAGCCCGACGAUGAGUCUGUACAAGUGACGGGGGUCACCGAGAGGAGUGAAGACCUCGAAGGAGAAGUUUUAAUGUCGCGUUUCGCUCGAGCUGGCAGUUUGUUCAACGUCCAUUGCCGGCAAUGGAUGUCUAUGGGUGACCAUCCUUCAGAAAGGAUUCCUGUGUUUAAAAACAAAUUGCUUUUGUGUUACUGAAGUAUUUAAUAAGAAGCAUUUUGCACUCUAGAGAAGUAUGUUUGUGUUGGUUUUUUAAGAAGUCUAAAUGAAGUUAUUAAUAUCUGAAGCUUUAAGUUAAGUGCAUUGAUCAUAUGAUAUUUUUGGAAGCAUAAAAUUUUAAUUGUGCAAGUUUAAAACCUCUUUUAGUCCAUUGAGAAUGUAAAUAAAUGUGUCUUCUUUAUGGACCAAG